AUGGCCACACUGCACAAAUUCAAAAUGUUAGCCACACAAUGCGCCGUCGCCGGAAGUCCCACUCGUAGCCCCUCCACCAGCCCCGUCCUCAACCUCCGCCGCCGGAAAACACUCCGCAUGCUCCUCACCCGCGGCGGCGACGGAAACCACCGCCGCCGGUUGCCGCCGACUGACGACUUCGUAGAUCGGAGAGGAAGCGAUGUUGAUUCCUCAUCGGAGGAUGAGAAAGAUAACGGUUCGAGGAGAAAGUUAAAGGACUUGUUCGUAUCGUCAUCGUGUUCGUCUUCAUCACCGCCGGUUGAGGAGAUCGGAGGUCAUGGUGGAGAUGAGGCGAACCGGUGGAGCGGUUAUGAUUGCGAUCUGAUUUUCGGGCGCGGUGGUGGUGGUGGUGGUGGUUCGAGAGGUGUUAGGUUUUUUCCAGGUUCGUUACGGCAGCGGUUACUUAGACGAGCGUGGAGGCCUGUGUUGGUGACGAUUCCUGAGUAA